AUAACAAAAAACGUCAUUGAGACAAAAAGUGUCAGCUGGUGUAAUGACUCUGUACGUUUUCCCACGAAAUCCGUUAUUCCAUAAAAAAUUCUCACUUGGUAGAUCCAGAGGUGGUUAUCUCCAUGUAAUUCAACUCCAGUGGUAAUGAAGUGACAUGACAAUGAAGAAGAGUGGAAUGAGAGGUAAUUGAGGUUAUUGUAACAAUAACCACAAGGACAACGUGAACGCAAUGAUCUCAGGUGAAAGUGUCCAGCGAUCUCCCAAAAAUGAAUGCUUUAUUGAAUACCGUGAAGUCAAUGACGAACAAGAGGAAUAUCCUGGUGAAGGAGUCCCUCAGGAAGCAAUUGAAUAUUGUUGUGAUGGAGAUGCAGGGGCUGGAGGGUGUGAGUGAUGGAGUUCCAGUGGAUAAUUGCGAGGAGGCAAUGGCACUCUGUGCAGUUUUGGAGGCAAUAUUUCUUCAUGGUCUCAAGGACAGUCUAUUGAACAGAGUGACAGAGGCCUUGAGUGGGCCAGACUUUGAUGCCAUGCCCCAGCCAUCAUUCUGGGGUCCACUGCUGGUCUUCUCCCAUCGCCAGAUGAUCAAUCAGAUUCAGGAGCUCAAGCAAAUAACAACUGAGGUUGGAUACUGCAGGGCAUGGAUACGCAUUGCCCUCAAUGAGGGCCUCCUCUCGAGUUACUUCUCCUCGAUACAUCAGGAUAAUUCAUCACUCAAACCUUAUUACGACAGGGCUGCAUUUAUCAGGGACGCUGAUCAUAUUGAAGUUGCUCGAAGGCUUGUUGAGAGUCUUGAUUCCAUUUGUUUUAAUUUGGCAUGCAAUACAAGUCUUCUCAAUCUUUGGUCCAGCACUCCACUCCUGAUGGCAGCUAUUUGGUCACCUCCGUUGAAGUCUUGUCCGAUUGUCAGUGCUGUUGAUAUUGCCAAGACUAUUAAUAGUGACAUAACGGAGAUUGAUAAUUUUGAGGAUGUGGAGACUGCUAGCUCCAUUGGGAGUAUUGGGUCUUUUGGAUCUUCUGGGGUUUUUAGUAAUAUCAAUUCUGGUCUAAGUGAGGAUGAUGCUCUGAGGAUUAUUCUGGCUAAUGGAGAAAGGAGGAAGAAGAAAAAGGAGAGGAAAGAGAGGAAGGAGGUGAUUUCAUCUGGUGAAACCUCUGGGAGGAGAGAACUAGAUGAGAGAGGGGCUGAGGGGGCAGAUGAGAGUGGGAAGAGCACUGUGGAGAGUGAGAUGAUACUGAGGGGGGUGGAGAACGAGGGAGGAAAUAGAGGAGAAAAAGAGGGAGGAAGUGAGGAAGGAGUGGAGAGAGGAAAUGAGGGGGAGGAGGUGGAGGGAAUGGAUGGUGGUGUCAAGGCUGAGGGGGCAGCAUCUGUGGGGAAUUCUCUGAUUGGAAAACUGGGGUGGUCUACCUCCCUCGAGGAUGUCGAGUCCUCUAUGACCUCGUCUGUCAUCUCGAGGACAUCCAAUCCUGAGGCGCCAAAGACACCUGGCGAGGGAUCCACGUAUGAUGCCCUUAUUAAGAGCUAUCAUCCGGGGGGAUAUCCCGAUUUGAGAGAAUUUUUGGAUAGGUAUGCACCCAGCGUCAGGAGCGAGGAGAAGGAGCCUGAGGGCGAUACUGAGGUGAUCGCUGACGAUUUCGACAACCAAAUUGGAAAACUACCUCGUGAGAAGGGUCUGGACACCCAAAACUACAGUUGCCUGGAGUGUGGCCUAUCCGUGGGCAUGACUUUUGCCAAGGCCCACGUUUGUUCAUUCACCGGGAGAUACUACUGCAUCGAUUGCAUGUCAACUGAAGAAUUCCUGAUUCCCUCUCGCAUAAUCCACAACUGGGAUUUGAAGCACUAUCCAGUGAGUAAAAAAUCAGCAGAAUAUCUCACAGAUUGCUCAACCCUUCUGAACCUCAAGGCCUUGAACCCAAGGAUCUAUGCAACAGUCGAGAGCAUGGCCCAACUGCAGACCCUCAGGAUCCAAUUGAAUCUACUGCGUGCCUAUUUAUUUACCUGCAGAGAACCAAUAAUUGACUCUCUCCAAAAAAAAGUAGCGCCGAGGGAGUAUCUGUAUGAGCACGUCCAUCAGUACUCAGUUUCUGAUCUGCUUGAUGUACCAACUGGAACACUUGCUCAACAGCUCCAAAAGGUCGUUGAAUUCGCAAGAAAUCACGUCCUCAACUGCUGGCUGUGCAGCCAGAAGGGUUUUAUCUGCGAGAUCUGCAGCAAUCCCAAAGUUAUUUACCCCUUUGACAUGGAAUCCACGUUCAGGUGUAAAGGGUGCAAUGCUGUUUUCCAUGCUGACUGCCUCAACUCCACGAAAUCAUGUCCAAAGUGCGAGCGACGACGUAAACGACUCGAUCGGUUGCUUCUCGACGGUGAGACCUCACUCCCACAGAAUAUUAUUACAUCUUCACCAAUUCAUAUGAAUUGAUUUGUAUUAUAAAUUUAGAUUAAUUGAAUUCUUAGGGGAAACUAUUAGGUUGAAGUGGGAGAGUAUUUGCAUUGUGAAAUUACAAUUUAUUCGAAGAAUGUAACUAAAUUUGUUAUUUCUUGUUUUUUAAGUUGAGAAAGUAUUUUAUAUAUUCCGGGCAAAAAUCCAAUUGCGAGAUAGUUUUGAAAAAUUCACUAUAAAGUAGAGUUCACUCGUCUUUUGGAAAUUUUGACUGAGGAAAAUAUUGGACGUACUGGAAGUGAGAUGCAGAAACGGUAUUACUGAGGAAUUUAACAUGAAUUAUUGUUAUUCCGCUGAAAGAUAUGCGAACAGGCUAAUCAUUGUAUAAAAUAUAAUUUUAUUAAAAAAUUUAUUACUGA